UUGAGCGCCAUGGCCACGUUGCUGCGAAGGGUGCCCAACUUGUGCCGAGACACAGCUCACUUCAGCAAACAAGCUGAUGCUCGACUGCAACGGGCGCUGGAUGACCUGGAGGUUUCACAACCGAAGUUUGAUGACUCGGAAACGCAGAUCACCGAUUUGCUGCACGGCAAUGUGGUGAAGUUCCGUUUCGCUUUGCCUCGUUUGGAUCCGGACAGCUUCCGAGAGGUGUUGGCUCAGGUUGAUCAGAACAAGGAGAUCCUGCAUGUCCAGCUGCGUCAAGCGCGGACGCGGAGCCUCGUGUACUUGGAAGCUGGUGAAGCCAUGAAUGGAGUGGAGCCUGCUGACUUCCAGGAGGAUUUCUUCAGCAUGAUCCGGUCGCUGCAAGAAGUGGCGCUGGCUGCGGCUGUAUCCUUCCUGGUGGUUCUGGCCCUGUCCUACAGUUCGAUGGAUCUCAGAGUAGCCACUUGGAUCAGCGGCAUCUUGAGCUGGUUGCUGCAAUUCUUGGCCUUUACGCAGUCGUGGUCAAAGCAGGUUGGUUGGAUGUUUCAAGCCCUCAAUGGAGCAGUGGGCCGUAUGGUGUCGACAUUGGAUGAGCCUGUAGCGCGCUAUGGCCAGAAGGUGGCGCAACCCUUAGAGGCUUUGGAGGCGUCCAUUGACAAGCUAGACAUGGAGCAAGCACUCGUGGUCAAGCGAAUGAAGGAGUUUGAAGGCCAAGUCCGUGACGUGAUUCCGGACUUCGAUGUGCCGACGGUGGAAGACUUGCGGGAACCCAUCGUGGACUGCCAUACGCGGAUUGGGAACUUCCUGGAGGAGACCAAGGGCGCCUUGCCAGAUGAGUUGAAAGAAUUGCUGAAGAGGCAUUCCACAGGGCACCUGGUGCUUCAACGCUCUGGCUUUGAGUGUCGCUUAGUGCACGUGCCUUUGGUUUUGGUCUUCAUACUGAACCUGAGCAUGUUGAUCCUGUCGCAGGUCAUGGUGGCCUCUGCAUUGCAAGGGCCAGUUGAGACCCCGCUGGGACCGGACCAGAAUGAUGCUUUGGUUCGAGGUUUUCAGGAGCAGUUCCCACAAAUCAAGUUCUCCUUGCAGGAGGAUGCGCACGCACCAAUUGUUACCACACCUGCUCCAUCAAAUGGAUGGGCAGGUGUACUGAUGCCGCUGCCCUGCUUUCUGCAGAUCUUGCUUAGUGUCCUGGAGCUCCUCUUAGGUCUUUACUUGACACGCCCCUCAAGACUCCUUGCGAUGGUGGGCAGCGUCACGCAUGAUCUGGAGAAAGGCUGCAACGCUUGGAUCGAGAAGAACAGUCGUGGGAUAUCUGCAGAGGUUUUCGCGACUUUUGGCCAAGUGCAGAAGCGCGCAGAACGCUUCUUCCCAACUUACCGCUUGCGCAUGGGGCAGCUACGCUCUUUCCUGCUGACUGGAGCAAAG